AGUGUAGUUUCAGCAAUCAAUUGAGCCGAACGAUCACUGAUCGCUGCAGCCAAAUACCGCUUAAUGCGCAAAUAAUUGUGGAUUUCCAUAUAAAUAGGGGUUAGGCCGUCCAGGAGUUGUCUAACUCAUCCAAAACGUGGAGUGAACAGAAUGUUGCGUCUGAUCUGCGUGUUCCUGCUCAGCUGCGUGGGCUUCCAGGCAGCCUUGGCUUGUAAUGGCUACAAGGCCAAGCUGGUCAAGAUGGAGAACUGUGCCGGCGAGGAUGCCAUUAUGACGGUGGGCAGUGACUUCAGCCUGAAGCUGAACAAGAAGUGUGAGCUGAUACCCUCGGGCUGUAUUAUCAACAAGCCCUUCGGCACCGCCGUGGCCAAGUUCAAGGUCCAGAAGGAUGGCAUCGUGAUGAAGGAGGGCAAGAUCGAUCUGUGCGCCGCCAUUGACCAGGCCACCACCGAAGGCAAGGAUAUGCUGAAGCUCUUCGGAGCACCUUCCUCCUGUCCAGUGGCCGAGGAGAAGGUGUGCGCCAACGAUCACUCCGUGGAUCUGAGCAAGUACAAGGCCAUGUUGGGCAUGGCUCGCGGUCACCUCAUCAUCGACUCGGAGGUCAAGCAUGACACGGGCAAGUCCUGCAUGCAUGCCGAAAUCGAGAUCACCAAGAACUAGUGGCGGAAUCCGAUCGGUGGUCUUAUGUUUGUAUUAUGAGUCUUGCAAAUCAUGUAGUUGUAAAGACGAGGGCAAUCAAAACUAAAUAUACAGAAAAUACCGAAUUGAAA